GAAGAAGAAGAAGAAGAAGAAGAGCUACACGCCCACAUUAGCAAACACAAUAACACAAGUUCGCUAAGUUUCCUACGUGUUUUUCUGACGCUAAAACAAAGGUCGUCAUGUCCACGGCAGAAGUACGUGGCCCUGUGGAGGUGUAUCUGGACCUUCUGUCGCAGCCCUGUCGGGCGCUACACAUUCUGCUCAACUGCGCUAAAAUCCCGCACAAAGUCCGCACUGUGGCUCUGAGGAAAGGGGAGAACAAGAGUCCACACUUCACCAAGUUGAACCCAAUGCAGAAGAUUCCUGUCAUGGUGGACAAUGGCUUCAUCCUAACAGAAAGUGUUGCCAUCCUUAAGUACCUGGCCACCAAGUAUGAUGUCCCAGAGCACUGGUAUCCACGACAACCAGAGAAGCGAGCCAGGGUUGAUGAAUACACAGCCUGGCAUCACAGCAACACACGACCACACUCUACCAAAGUCUUUAUACUGGAGGUGCUGUUCCCCACCCAGUCUGGAUCUCCGGUGGACAGCAUGCGUCUGACUCGUGCUCUGUCUGAGCUUGAUGACACUCUGGAUAAACUGGAAACCAUGUUCCUCCGCAGGCAGCCUUUCCUCUGUGGAGAUGACAUCACUGUGGCUGAUCUGCUUGCUGUCUGUGAGCUCAUGCAGCCUCUGGGGGGGGACAGGGAUGUCCUGCAGAAUCACCCUCCGCUGCAGAGGUGGAGGACAAGAGUCCAGUCAGCUGUUGGCGAUUCCUUCAAUCAAGCUCAUGCUGUCCUCUACGCCCUCAGAGAUCGCCGCAAAGCCAAGUUAUGACACCAUGACGGGGCUUUCCCAACCUAAGAUCGAGGCAGAUGCUGCACAUCUGUGUCUGCUUCUGUUGGAUAUGACUUCCUGUUUGCUUCCCUCCACUGACACCAAGUGCUUUCUUACUGUGAACUGACAGGUGAUACUGUAAGAUCUCAGACUUGUAUGUGCCUUGUGUAAAGUACCUUGAGAUACUAUAUGUUGUGAUUCAUUGCUAUUAUGAAUAAAAGUAAUUUAAUGACAUCUUAAA